AACACCAGUUGGUUCCCUUCUACCUCCUUCUCUCCUCUAGAUGGUGAUCUAAGGCGGGUUUAAGGCCUUUUUUUUUUUUUUUCUUUCAUUGCCUGAAACUGUACGGUUCUCUUCGAAGGGGUUUUCGGUGAUCUUUGUGAAGUUUUGUUUAUGUGCAGUGGGUAUUUUGAUUUUGUAUUAUUUAUAUAUGUUGUUUAAGUUAAUGGGUUUGCUUCUGCUUGUUAGCUUUACUUAAAUUUUCUUUUGUUCAUUGUGAAUUCAAAUGGUUUCCCUUCUCACCGUAAGAUCUGGGUUCUUUUAUUUAAUUUUGUUCAUCUAAGAAUAUUGGGUUCGUGAUCAGUUCAGGGUUUUGUGUCUUCAUGAUGGUCUUUUCUGAAAAUUACCAAAGAUUAUGAUGACCAAAAGAGUCAAUCAUGGUUUGAAUCUGUUGUUUUUAAUACUUGAUCAUUGUAGGCAUAUGUAAAAUGUCAUGUCUUUUUAACGAAACAAUUCUCUUGGGUUGCCAAUUUCAUUCUCAUAUGCCAAUUUUGGUCUCUGCAUGGCAGGUCGCAUUUGGGAGCCCUUGAGUCUAUUCGAAAAAUUAGAAGUUGAAGGAAUUUAUCUUGAUUCCAUUACUUAUAACACUUUGAUUAGUUGGCACUCUAAAGAGGGCCUGUUUGAUGAUGCCUGUUUGCUUCUACAUCAAGGAGUAAAUUGGGUUUGUACCCAACGGUCAAAUUUGGUUCAUAUUGGUCUACAAUGUUGUGAAAGAAAAUGAGAGGAAUUGUCUGAAAGAAACAAGUGGAUUAUGAUAAUAACGUCAGUUAAUCUCCAGUGGGACUCUCCACGGUAUUCGUGGCUCUAUCUCCUUAAAGUCAAAGAGGCCCCGACCCCUGCAAACCCAAGCACCGGGAGAAGUUAUGGGAAGUUGGGAACACAGACGUAGCAUUACAUUAUGGUGCAAUGCUGAGGGAAUGCAUACGCCAUCAGUGUUGUGAGGCACAUUUUGGAAUGACAGCACAUGAAGUUCUUUGAGACACUGCUGCAGAUGCGGCUGCAACUUUUAAGGUUGGAGACAACUGCUGGUUUCUGCGGUGGACCUUUGGUCUUGUUGUUGCGUUUGUGCCGGGUAGAAGUGAAACGGAGGAAUUGGAUUGAGAUGGAGUUUCUAAGGAUGGGACGAAAGGAUUCCUACUGCUCUCAAAGCUUUCAUCUUGCUGUUCCUUCUAUGCAAAAGGCAUGGAAAGAAAUGAUUUUUCACUGUGACAUAAGGAGAAGCCAAGAGAUGCUGCUAAAACGCGAGCGUGCUGAUUUUUCAGUUUUGAUGGGUGUUUUAGAGGGUAGGGGUUUGGGGUUAAGGCUGUGUUUUGGUUUUGGGGAAGUUUUUCCCCCUUAGCAAAGUGACUAAAUUUAAAUAUUCGGUGUCUUAACUAUUUAUUUGUUAUAACUGUGGCAUAGAAAGUUUAUUCCCUCCCUUGUCUUAAAACUUCUAAAAGUGUACAAAAUGGUUUGUUUGUCAAAAUUCCAUUUGAGUUUCUUAACAAAGUUCUUUUUUGGUG